AUGAGCCGACCGGGAGCAUGGGCACGGGUAGCAACGAAUUUUAGGAAGUGGCUAAAGAAGGAUUGGGCCGAGAAGCGAUACAUCGGCGAAGACGGACAAGGCCUAAAAUAUUAUGAACUGCACGGUACAAAGCACAACGUGAAGAGAGGCUUCGAUCCGCCUUCAGAAAACCCCACGGCGGCGCCGGGCGUCGAAUGGCUAUCCUGGGUGAAGGGAACGAGAAGAUUUCCGCCCAACGAGCAAGAGUUGUUGCUAAACAAGGCGAAGCAACAGGCUCAAUUAGCAGGGAACACGGCAACAGAAAAAAUGGCGCCACAAGUCGAAUCCAAGGGUCCGCCGGCAGGAGGGACCGGCGACGGACCGAAGGCCUACCCGCAAUACAAAGAUCUCGAAAGCGUUCCCGGGUACCGGAAGGGGCGUGAUGACCAA